AUGCCUGUUACGCCGGAGAUGGUGCUAAGGGGAAUUAAGCGGGCCCGAGGUGGGGAGAGGGUUCCCGAGGGGAAUACUGGGGGUGGGACGGGGGUGUGCUGCCAUGGCCAUAAGGGGGGUACGGGGAGUGCGAGUCGAGUUAUUGAAGGGAAGGAGUUUGGGGUUGGGGUGCAGUAUACAGUUGCUGCGCUUGUACAGGCGAAUUAUGGGAAGAAGCGCGACUUGCGGAUCGGCGGAGUGCCGCUUGGGAGGAUCAUUGAGGGGCGGGAGGCAGAGGCGGCUAUAUCAGCAGGCUCACACGAGGCUGCAAAGGAGGAAGAAGAGAGAAAAAGCGCGAUAAAAGAUGGCAGCAUCAUUGUCGUCGUCGCUACGGAUGCGCCCCUACAUCCCACACAGCUCCGACGCCUAGCCAACACGGCGGAGAAGAUUGCUCGUGACCCUUCUGCGUCCAGCCGGGCGGUCGCUGUGGAGCAAAAAGUGAGCGUUGUACAAGAUGUGUCUAUCAAUGCGCUCUUUGAGGGAGCUGCGGAUGCGACGGAGGAGGCGAUCUAUAAUGCGCGGUGGGCGCGGAAGAUAUGGAGGGGCCUGGGGAGAUGA